AGUGGCGAUUGCUGUUCGAGCUGCGGUCAGCCACGGUUCUAAGUGAAAGGAAAAUAAAUUUCAAACAAGAUGGCAUGUAAUCGAAGAGACGGAUCAUUAUUGAUAAUCGUUGCGCUUCUUUUGGCGUACCUUGAAUCCGAAAUUUCGUCUACUGGACAAAGUUUUACCGUCAACUUGACAAACGUUCAUUGACAAAAAUUCGUUUUUUUCGUACGAUAUUUUAAUGCAAAUACCAAUGCCAAGUACGAAUCCACCUAUGCAGAUUACAUGUUCAAUAUACCUAUGAUACAAGCAGCGAGUGCGAUCGAUUGUUAUCAAUGCCUGGGUACGGAUUCUGACAAUCCAUUUCAGUGCAAUGAGUAUCUGCAAAGUGACAUCGACAUUAAACCGGAGCCAUGCGAUAACGUAUACGGUGCUCAGUACUGCAUAAAGCACGUCGGAAGAUUUGAGGGAGGGAUAGGUACCAAAAGAUACUGUUCUUCGCUGUACGUGGGAAAUUACUGCAAUUACGUUAGUCAGUCGGGCGACCAGUUGGAGUAUCGAACCUGCGUCUACACUUGUAGCGGCGACGGGUGUAAUCCCGCAUCAGCCACAUUACCGACCGCAUUAUCGCUGGUUACACCCAGUUUGAUAAUCGGAUAUACAAUUGUAUUCAAGAGAUAGAAAACGCGUUGUAUAUUCUACUCCAACUUUCAACAAGAUUUUUGAAUAGUCCGAAAGGACAAUCGAACUUGUCAUGGAUCACACCGAAACAAUUCCGUCCGAUUACCAUCAAGGCAGCAAAGCUUCCCUGCACAAAUGUAUAUUAGGUACAUCUUACUAUCUAGUAGGACACAUAAGUGUUUUUUUUUCCUCAUUAAAUGAGGAUUACUACGUGGCAAUUGAAAAUACAUACAGGUGUAUCUGCCGUAACAUUUAAGCCCGUAUAGAAAACAGAAUUUCACAAAAUAUUAGAUAUUUUUUCACAUCGAUUACUAGAACGGUAGUCAUUUAAUUUUAAUAUCAACAUAAUCGUUGAAGAUUAUGUGAAAAGAAAAGAAAAAUUAUGCAGAAGAUGAAAUGUAUUUCAAUGUUUUCUAAGCCAAAUUGUAUCCAUCCACAUAUAUCGAUGCAAUGUAAUUUAUUAGCUUGAAAUAUUUUGCGUCUGAUGACUCAUAUUCGAAUUUUGAGAAGAAAACACACCGACGUUUUAAGAAAUUGAAGGCGUUAAGUGGGUGACCCAGCCGCUACAGCGUCACUACAGUCUGACAUCUUCCCGCACCGCAACGUCUUUAAUUUCCUAAAACGUUAAUGACGAUUAACGAAAAUUCAGAAAUACAAGCAAUUUUCCGUUUACGGCAUUAGAAAUUGUAGAUUUUCCUGUAAAUUUUCAGCCCACGGUAGAUCAGUUUUGCUUGAACUGUUCCCGAGAUCGUCUCUUUGUACUUCGGCGCCAUGUAUUUCAAUAUUUUAGAAAUUUUCCAACGGGAUCUUUUCGAGAAAUCUUUCGGGAAUAUCUCUGAAUUUUUUCGAAUAUUUUUCGAACGAGUGGUGAUGCUCCAAAGUUGACCUACUUCGGUUAACUCUGAAAAAACCACAUUUUUCGACCUGUCGGUGGUCAUAAAUGUCGGUGUUUUUUUGUUCGAAAUUCGAAAAUGAGUCUUCAAACACAAAAUACUCCAAGCUUUUAAACCUGUUUUGAAUUCCUGCUCUAUCAUUUUUUUCUUUGUAGCUACAAACUUCCAAACGGAGUGCUCUAAACUUCACUCGCUGACAGUAGUCGCUCUGUCCUCCUGAGACAUAUCCCUCUGAUUUUAAAGCAAAUGAAAUGAAUUGGAAGAGCCCUAAAACUGAGCCUGUAACAUUCAAGCCUGCGUGAGAUUGUUCACUAAUCUAAUCUAAUUCAAUUAAAAAAAAAGACUGUUCUGUGUAAGCAAUGAUGACUUGUUUGAUACCCGACUUAUUAAUAUAUCAUUUCGUGCACGUAAUGAUAUUUUUUCUGAGACCAAAUCGAGAGGCCGUCAGAUAUCGUGUAAGCUGGAAAGUAGUUACAAACCAAUUUUCUAAGACUUUCGUAACCACGUAGUAUUUAUCACUAUUUUAUUCAUUGUUGUAAUUAAUGGGAUAACGACGAUAUUAUGCAUAGGUAUAGGUAUAGAUUAUAUGUAUAUUUGCACAGUAUUAUAUCUUCAUCUGUAUGCAAACCGAAAAUUGCAAUUAACCGAUUUCUUUAUUGACUACAAGUUAAAUUCCGAAAAAUUAUUCGCUUAUAUCGCUUACACGUACAAAUAUUGAACAUUUAUACAUUGAUAAUGAAGAUUACGAUGACGAUAAUAACAAUGAUAAUAAUAAUAACAAAGAGUAGGUAGCUCUGUACCUAACUGCCAAAGUUCAGAGCCAUCAUAAUUAUCAUAACAAUAUGAUCAUGUGCUUUCUAAUUAUUGUGCAUGCUCAAUUUACUCGAAACAAUCAUCAACGUCUUUGGCAUAUGUGUGAAGCAACCCUUACAUCAAAAAGUUGAUGUUACUUUCAAUGCGCUUCUUUUUUACUACCUCAUUUGCACUUUUUACUAAUGCAAUGCCAAUCACGCUGGGCCCUGACGUUGGAAACAAUAAGCCUACGAGUACUCUAAAAAAAAUCAGAACAUUCACUUCUGCCAACUGGCAAAGUAUCAAGCUGACUGAUAAUCAAAUUGCCCAUGAGAUACGAGUGCACCGCGCGAAUUUAUUACAGACUGCUUUCGGUAAGCAAAUUUCCAGUUUGAAUUUCUCGAUCUUAAAUUCAAGGAUUCGAAUAAAUCACUGAUUGAUCAUUAUUUCUGAUGUAUGCAGAUUUUCUUAAAUGUAAUCCCAAACAUACAUUGUUUAUAAUGAGCUUAAACUUUUUGAAUCAUAAUUUAAUCAUUGACCGUACAAAUUAUGAACGAUCACCCAAUAAUCGAAAAUUUUGUUUUUACCGUUUGAUUUAAGAUGUACCAUCGUAAUCGACAUUUGUUAUUCAAUCCAAAUUGAAACGAGCAUCCGAACUCUGACUGAAAUUGACUCUAUAGAAUUUGACAUAUAUUUUACCUCUCUAUCUACAAACACGCAUUUCCUAAUUAGGCCUAAGAAAUGCAUAUGAAAGGAAUAAAAAAAAAUUACCGGAGGCAGUGCUCAGUUUUUGGCAAAGGCACGAUAAAUAGAUCAAUAAACUGACAACAUCGAUAGCACACGAGCUUUGAUUAUCCAUCUGAAUAGCAUAUGAAAAAUCAGAUUAAGAUACUGCUGUCUAUUUUUAGUUUAAGUGCCAUUUCCGUUUUUCAAAAUUUGUACUAAUCGAUUACGGUAUUUUGCGUCUUUAGAUAUUAACUAUUUGUAAAUGUGAUAAUACAAAUUCAUUAACUUGCUCUAA